GCUGCCCUACAGCUCAGAACACUCCGACUCCUCCUGAGAGAGAAGCAACAAGGGUUGAGCUUGAAGCAGCCCACAACGACCUCACUGAAGCUACGCUCUAGCUUUCACUCGACGUGACCUGAAAGGAACAUCCUGACGCCAACGAGAUCAACUUGAUCGGACACGACCAAGAAGACUACAGCUCUGCUGAGGAACACUUCGGAAGAGCUCAAGAAAGAGAUUUUUUUAAAGCAUUUUUUGAACAGAAUAAUAAAAGACAGCAAGAUGUUUUCUGGAAUGAGCCUGAGACUAGUUUCUGUGCUCUGCUUCACUUUCUUCAGCUGGGUGGUAGCUCAGGAGUGCACUGGCCAGUGCCACUGCCCUGAUGUGCCCCCACAGUGCCCGCCAGGUGUAAGCCUGGUGCCAGAUGCCUGCGGAUGCUGCAGAGUGUGUGCCAAGCAGCUGGGAGAACUGUGCACAGAGAGAGACGUAUGUGAUCCUCACAAAGGCCUUUACUGUGACUAUGGCUCGCCAAGCAACCGACGCAUCGGAGUCUGCACAGCUAGGGAUGGUGCCACCUGCGUGUUUGGAGGGAUGGUGUACCGCAGUGGCGAGUCCUUCCAAAGCAGCUGCAAGUACCAGUGCACUUGUCUGGAUGGAGCAGUUGGCUGCGUGCCCCUUUGUGGGAUGGAUGUCAGGCUGCCAAGCCCAGACUGCCCCUCACCCCGCAGGGUCAAGGUGCCAGGAAAGUGCUGUGAGGAGUGGGUCUGCGACUCACCACACACCACCAUGUUUGUGGGCUCUGCUCUUGCAGCUUACAGAGAAGAGGAGACUUAUGGCCCAGAUCUUUCCAUGAUGCGUGAGAACUGCCUGGUCCAGACCACAGAGUGGAGUGCCUGCUCAAAGACCUGCGGCCUGGGAAUCUCCACCCGCGUCACCAACGACAACCGCGAGUGCCGUCUGGAGAAGCAGUCUCGUCUCUGCAUGGUGCGCCCAUGUGAAUCCCACCUGGAGGAGAAAAUCAGGAAAGGAAAGAAGUGCAUUCGCACUCCCAGGGUCUCAAAGCCCAUGAAGUUCGAGAUCUCUGGCUGCACCACCACCAAGGCCUACCGCCCCAAGUUCUGUGGCGUGUGCACAGAUGGCCGCUGCUGCACCCCCCACAGGACCGCCACUCUGCCCGUGGAGUUCAAGUGCCCCGAUGGCCAGGUCAUGAAGAAGCAGAUGAUGUUCAUCAAGACCUGCGCAUGCCACUACAACUGCCCCGGGGAGAAUGACAUCUUUGAGUCUAUGUACUACAAAAAGAUGCUUGGCGACAUGGCAUGAGGAAGAAGAGCAGAAAAAUAGAAGGAAAUCUGUCCAGUGACUGUCCAUUUCGAAUCAAAACAGCUAUCCAUCUCAUAUCUCAGCACAGUACUCUGCCUGUUUUCUUAUGGUCUUUUUUUUUUCUAUUUACAUGUGUGUUGUUCUUGUUUUUGUAUGUGUUUGUGUGUAUUUGUAUCAAGGAUAACUGUAAUAAUGUACCCAUGGUGGAUGUCAAGGGCAUUUUUUGCCCUAAAGUCAGUGGGCGGGGUGGGGGGUUGGGGUUAAAUGACAGGGCGUCAUUGGGACACCCCUAAAACAGUACUGCACUAUAGCCUGACUCUGUGGCGCCCCUUGUCGCUGAUUGGCCCCGACGACACUGAGGCCCCUCCCCUGAACUGUGGUGGGCAGAUCCAGACUCAGAGAGCAAGAGUGGUGAAAGGUGAUGAGGGCGGCGGCUUUUUAACCUCAGGACGGAGGCUGAACCCAACUGAGAGAGAGAGAGACAUGAAUGUGCUCUUGUAUGUAGUUAACAGUGCGUCUCAAUGCUGAGCCACAGGCCAAAGCCUAAGCUUGAGAUGUAAAUGCCAGGAGGGUUCCUGCAGCACUGAGAGUGCCAGACUUUGACUAAAUAACUCCUCUGGGGAGAGAGUUGUUUUUUUGGUAAAAAAAAACAAAAAAAAAAAA